CCCACAACCUGGACACUCGUAAACAGUCAGAGCUCCACUCUUUUUUUAUCAGUGUAAGUUUUCACUCCUACACUACACUGUAUUUUAGCACCAUGAUAUUAUACAGUGAACACGACUACCAUCUAAUAAUAGCUCCACAUGAUUGCUUAAAGUGACACUGACGUUAUCAGACUGUCUGCAGGUGUGUCAUUAAUUUUAAAAAGAGGAAAAUCUCCUUCACUGAUGUUUAUAACCUCUUUUUUUUAAGAUUAGAGUGGGAGUUGAGGUAAUUGCAUACAACUAUCUCAAGGGGAGGGAUGAGGCAGGUGAUUGGUUGGAACACAUCACCAGCUCGCCUUUAGAGAGGUGACUUUAAAACAGAUGUAGUUAACUUUAAAUUUCUUAUUCUGUCCUAACAAGCAGGCGAACGAACAUGCGGGAAUACAGGUGGCAAAGUUUCAAGAGUUUAAUUUUCAGAAAUCCUGCUGUUGUCGACCAGGAUCCACGUGUGGAUGAUGGGGAUGAGAAUACUGAGCGUGGUAACUGGACCAGCAAGAAGGAGUACAUUCUCUCUAUGAUCGGAUAUGCUGUUGGUCUGGGAAAUAUCUGGAGAUUUCCGUAUUUGGCAUACAAGAAUGGAGGGGGUGCCUUUCUUAUCCCAUAUUUCGUGAUGUUGGUGGUGGUUGGAAUUCCUCUUUUCUUCUUGGAAAGUGCCUUUGGUCAAUUCUGCAGCCAAGGUCCAGUUAAUGUAUGGAGAGCAGUGCCAUUAAUACAGGGUAUUGGUGUUGCCAUGGUUGUGGUGUCUGUAAUAGUGUCUAUUUAUUACAACGUCAUCAUCGCCUACAGCCUGUACUACAUGUUCGCCUCCAUGCAGUGUCCUCUGCCGUGGUCCGGCUGUUCCAGCUGCGAUGGCAGUAACUGCAGCACCACGCCUGAAGUGUCCUGUAAUGUAAGCAGUGUUUUGGUUACCAACUGGACUCAGGAAAACAGCAGCUGCUCUUCGAUACAGACUCCGAGUGAACUGUACUGGGAUAAUGUGGCUUUGCAGAGGUCCGGGGGUCUUGAUGAAACGGGGCCAGUAGUUUGGCACUUGGCUCUCUGUCUGCUGCUGAGCUCCAUACUUGUUACUGCUGCGCUCAUCAGAGGCAUCAAAUCAUCAGGCAAAGUUGUGUAUUUCACUGCUACCUUCCCUUACGUGGUGAUUGUGAUCCUGCUGAUCAGAGGUGUGACUCUAGAGGGAGCCAAAGAUGGGAUAGAGUUCUACAUUGGUUCUCAGUCCAAUCUGACCAAACUGACUGAAGUUCAGGUGUGGAAAGAUGCAGCAACUCAGACCUUCUAUUCUCUCUCUAUUGGCUGGGGUGGACUCAUGGCUCUUGCUUCCUAUAACAACUUUCACAACAACGUGUUCAAGGACUCGUUUGUUGUCACCCUUACUAAUGCAGGGACCAGUGUGCUUGCAGGCUUUGCCAUAUUUUCAAUUUUGGGACAUAUGGCUCACAUCUACAAAACGCCAGUUUCAAAAGUGGUAAAGGAAGGGUUUGGUCUGGCUUUCAUAGCCUAUCCAGAUGCUCUGUCUAAGCUCCCCAUCUCCCCGCUGUGGUCCAUUUUGUUCUUCUUCAUGCUUUUGACUGUUGGUUUGGACUCCCAGUUUGCAGGAAUAGAGGUGAUAACGACCUGCCUGCUCGACGCUUUCCCCACAGUCUUCAAAUCCAAACAUGCCUUAUUAACUGUAACGUUAUGUUCUAUCCUCUACCUACUGGGUUUACCAUGUGUCACAAGGGCAGGAAUAUACUGGGUAACCCUAAUUGACCAGUUUGUUGCCAGCUGGGUGCUGCUAUUUUUGGUGCUUUUGGAGAUUAUUGCCAUCUCCUACAUUUACGGAGGAAACCGUUUUAUCAAAGACAUUGAGAUGAUGAUUGGAAUGAAGACUUCCACAUUUUGGCUGUGGUGGAGAGCAUGUUGGUUCUUCAUCAGUCCCUGCAUCAUAGUGUUCCUCUUGAUCUCGUCUCUGGUUUACUUUGAACCCCCUAACUAUGGAGGAAUCCCGUACCCAGACUGGGGCAUGACUUUAGGCUGGUGCAUGAUUGCAUUUGUCCUGAUGUGGAUCCCUGUUGUUGCUGGGUAUAAGCUGAUAAAAGCAAAGGGAAACCCCUGGAAGCGUCUGAAGUCACUGUGCUCGCCAUCUGAGGAAUGGCAUCCCUAUUUGGACGUCCAUCGAGGGGAGCGUUACUCAGAAGAACGCUGCCACCGUAGGAACAACAGCAAAAAUAAAGCAGAAGUUAAUCUGAAUGUAAUCUCCAGUUCGUGGCUAUAAUGAGGCUUCUCCUGUGUUUGCUCUAUGAAUACCUUGUUUUGAACAUUCUGAAAGUUAAGUCAUUUUUGACCUCUGGGAGGCAGAAAGCAGCCCGAAUAUAAACUCACAGCAGACUGCACAGAACUUACAUGUUAACUUCCUGAAACCUGAGCGCUCUUUGGGAUGUAUUUUUAAUUUCUACAGUCUGUUUGGUAAUAGUUGGAUCAGCAUUAUCUUUGAAAAGAAAAAAAAGAAAAGAAAAACUAUGUCCUUCGACAGGGAGAAUGGGUUUAUUUAAGAGCACAAUGCAAUCAAGUCAACACUGCAAACAAAGUAUGAACACUUUACUGAGCAGAAUGCUGUAUAUACUGCAUAACAGCUGAGAUCUAAUGUUCCCAAAUGAGGAUGUGGACUCUUCUUACUAUCUAAACAUUUCUUCUUUCUUCUUUUAGGAGAAAUGUCUGGGUCUUCUCCCCUGUCUUUAUGACCUAUUGUAUAUACUACUGUAUAUGUCCUGCUGCAGCUUGUGUGAGUUCGUGUGUGUACAGAAAAAGAGAAGACUCAAUCACACAAACAAAGUUGACAUGGAGAAAAAAACAAAUAUUUUAAUAUAUGUAUUGCUUGAUAGGGCAUUAUUAUCAGGUGAUAUUUUAUUGGCAGUUUUUUGGGGGGGGUUGUUUAUUCUUAUAUUAGUAGAGAUUGAUUCUGUGUCAUUAACUAUGCUUGUCUUUAAAGCACAGUUCCUUUUCCUGUCAGUUAUUUGCUGAUAUUUAAAUGUAGUAAAUAAAAAUGCAACUGAUAUUUUUUCAGAAUUUGUCAUAUUUGAAAAGUAGUAAAAGGAAAAGGAAACUAUCAGAUGUUUUUAUUUCAGUCUGUUUUUUGUGUUUUGUUAGUUGGGUGGUUGUUUUAUGUAUAUAAAUAUAUAAACUGGUCCUUUGCAGGCAGGACUGGAUUAUAUAAUCUUGCACCCUCCUUUGAAUAGAUCUGACUUCUACCCUGAACAGAGUACUGUGUGAUUAUGAUGGUAACGAGCAAUCAUGUAAGAUUUUGUCUCAGAAGCUUCUUAAAUACAGUUUGCACUGAUGUCUUCCAUUAAUAAUAAUACUGCUUGGGUGUGACCUGAGUGUGUCACAGUUGGGUAUUUUCACAUUCUCAGGGUAGCCGCUUCAAAAAUUAGAAACACAAGAAAUGGAAAAAUUAAUGUGUCGAAUGAAUGCACUUGCAUUGCAUUUUCACUUGCAAGCUACAAUACAAAGCAUUUUUCCAAAACCAUUUCCAGUAGCUAAAAAGGGAAGAAAAAAAUAGGAUCAUGAAUUACUUACAGUAGUACUAAAAACUCAAACCCACCUGCAGAAUCGUUAUGAUCCAUGGAAACUGGUGAAUGUUUUUCAUUGUUGUGCUGAUAGUAUUUUCACCUGUGCCCCUGCACCUUUGUUCAACAACCCCAAAAUCCACAAAUAAAAAGUUUAUCAAACUUA